AUGAGCGGGACUACCCUGACGUCCGCCACGGCGUUCUCGCCCUCGCUGGAGGCCAUCAAGCUGGCCGCCAGCAUGUACAACGCUGCCCGCGAGGGCAACAAGAGCGUCCUCGAGGAGGCCAUCCUCGACGGCCUACCGCCCAACCUGACGAACGAAAAGGGGGAUACCUUGCUAAUGUUGGCGGCCUACUACGGGCACGCGGACCUGGUCAAGCUCCUGAUACAGCACGGGGCGGACCCCAACAGACUGAACGACAAGCGUCAGAGUCCUCUUGCAGGCGCCGUCUUCAAGGGCUUAGAUCCUGUGAUUGAGGGCCCCGGACAGGUCCUUCUGGAAGGCGGUGCUGACCCGGAGUACGGCACGCCCUCGGCGAUCCAGUGUCUUUCCAUGUUCAAGCAAGAGGGCAAGUGGGCCGAGAAGUUCGAGUCGGCGCCCGGGCGAGGAAAGGCGAAGGCUGUUCCCCAGGACGAGAGCGAGGAGAGGGCACCCGAGAGGUUCAAGGCGUGA